AUGACGGUUAGUUAUCUGUGGUGUGCAGGGAAGGGAUGGUUUUACGGUUAAAGUUUUGCAACACCGUGUAUCACAUUGGUGGGAAGACGUUAUAGCUAUCGAAUGUUUCUGAAUUAUUCGAAGUAAUUUAUAACAAUGGAAAUAUUUUAUAGUGCUCAUGAUAAAGAGACCAAUGAGUUCUGGUAAUAAAAUGUGAUGUAAGCCAUAGUUCUUAAAAUGGCCUAAUUGCUGAUCAGCAGAUUGGUUACGUAAAUCACAGGUUAAACUUCAGGAAUGACCACAGUACAGAUGCUGCAGUAUCUUUCCAGAGCAGUUCAACUGGAUAAUCUCAACAAUCUGCUAGUUUGCGUGGAUAUACUAGCAGUUCAGUGGUUGUAUUUGUGGUAGUCGUGCUGUUGGUUUCAUUAAUUUGGUUGUGCCCAUGCAGUAAAGGACUGCAGUUUUUACGUUAAAAUAAUUAGAGAAGCUGUACCUUUUACAUAUGACCGAACCUUUACGCCAGCAUGGCUGACAGAAAGCAGACGAAAGAUGUCUUUGCCGUCUUAUUUUUUUGUUUAUUGUGGUAUGUCGUUAGUUCCAGUAACAAUGUUAUUGGGAAGAUGUUACUGAAUGAUUUUCCAUAUCCAAUGACAGUGACUAUGGUUCAAUUAACAUCCAUCACAUUAUAUUCUGGUCCAUUUUUCAAUAUGUGGGGCGUGAGAAAAUUUGUUGACAUUAGUUGGGGUUAUUAUAUGAAAGUGAUUGUACCUCUUGCACUAGGUAAAUUUCUUGCUUCUGUAUCUUCGCAUGUUAGUAUUUGGAAAGUACCAGUUUCGUAUGCUCAUACAGUGAAAGCUACGAUGCCACUUUUUACUGUAGUUCUGUCAAGAAUAAUUCUGAGGGAAAAACAAACACUAACAGUGUAUUUAUCUCUUAUACCAAUAAUUACAGGAGUAGCGAUUGCAACAGUGACAGAAAUCUCCUUUGAUUUGAUUGGAUUAAUUAGUGCAUUGAUUGCAACUAUGGGGUUUUCACUUCAGAAUAUAUUCUCAAAAAAGGUGCUACAUGAUACAGGGAUUCAUCAUCUUCGUUUGCUACACAUUUUGGGUCGCUUAGCACUAAUCAUGUUUCUUCCUGUGUGGCUUGUAGUAGAUCUACAAAAUGUUAUUCAACAUCCAACGUUGGUAUCUGGUGAAGACUAUCGUAUAUUGGCUCUCCUGUUUCUUGAUGGCGUUCUCAAUUGGCUGCAAAAUAUUGUGGCUUUCAGUGUCCUAUCUCUGGUAACACCACUCACAUAUGCAGUUGCUAGUGCAUCAAAACGAAUAUUUGUUAUCGCUGUUUCAUUAUUUAUGUUGGGGAAUCCAGUUACAGGAGCAAACAUCUUUGGGAUGGCAUUAGCAAUAUUUGGAGUUCUCUUCUACAACAAGGCAAAGUACGAUGCUCGGCAGUCUCUAAAGCAGCAGGUUGUGCUGCCCUUUUCGCAGUCGUCGUGGCAGAACAAGACUGGUUAUGUUAUGUACCCAAGUUCUACACAGCACAGUAUCAUUGAGAAGAAAAGUCCGUACCCCACUUCCAACGGAUUCUUAAAUGGCGCCAGCCACACCAUUAAUAACAUUACUAGUUUUGGUAAUAAUAAGAGUAAAAGUAACAAAACUGGAAGCUUAUUGUUUGUAUGAUAUAACAAGCUGAUUUUGGAAUAAGAAUGAAUUACUUGUAU